CAGCUCCUGUCGUUGAGCCGUAAUGGCGUCAGUGGCGCAGCACGACGGCCGCUUCGGGGACUAGGGGCGGACUCUCGGGAGCGGUUUCCGGGUUUCCCUUCCUGGGCUGGGACGGAGGCGAGAAUCCAAAAAGCUCCUGUUGAUUAAGAAUAAUUCAGCUGAGUAAGCUCGUCUAACAUCCAGUGAACAGCAAUGUCUCAGUCCGGAGAAAAGGGGAAGUUCCCAGAUGCAACAGGUUAUGUAGGUUUUGCCAACCUUCCAAACCAAGUUCAUAGAAAAUCUGUGAAAAAAGGGUUUGAAUUUACCCUAAUGGUUGUAGGGGAGUCUGGUUUGGGCAAAUCGACACUUAUAAACAGCCUGUUUCUCACUGAUCUCUACCCUGAACGCUACAUCCCUGGUGCUGCAGAGAAGAUUGAGAGGACAGUGCAGAUUGAAGCAUCUACCGUUGAGAUUGAGGAGAGAGGAGUGAAGCUUCGUCUCACUGUGGUCGACACCCCUGGAUAUGGCGAUGCUAUCAACAGCCAGGACUGCUUCAAGACCAUCAUCCAGUACAUUGACAAUCAGUUUGAACGAUACCUCCAUGAUGAGAGUGGACUGAACCGAAGACACAUUGUGGAUAACAGGGUGCACUGCUGCUUCUACUUCAUAUCUCCAUUUGGACACGGUCUAAAGCCACUGGAUGUGGAGUUCAUGAAGGCCAUACACAGCAAAGUCAACAUAGUCCCAGUCAUUGCCAAGGCUGACACACUGACACUGAGGGAGAGGGAUCGCCUGAAGAGAAGGAUCCUGGAUGAGAUCGCCGAGCACGGGAUCAAAAUCUAUCAGCUGCCUGACGCGGACUCUGAUGAGGACGAGGAGUUCAAGGAGCAGACAAGAGUCCUGAAGGCUAGCAUUCCCUUUGCUGUGAUCGGCUCCAAUCAGCUGAUUGAGGUGAAGGGAAAGAAGAUCCGUGGUCGUCUCUAUCCCUGGGGAGUGGUUGAAGUGGAGAACCCUGAGCACAAUGACUUCCUCAAACUACGCACCAUGCUUGUGACCCACAUGCAAGACCUGCAGGAGGUGACUCAGGAUCUGCACUACGAGAACUUCCGCUCCGAGAGGCUGAAGAGAACGGGCAGGGCUGCGGAUGAGGAGGUCAUGGAUAAGGACCAGAUCCUGCUACAGAAAGAGGCUGAGCUGAGACGCAUGCAGGAGAUGAUCGCUCAGAUGCAGGCGCAGAUGAAGAUGAAGUCUGACGAGUAAUAAGAUCGAAAGGAGCAGAGAAGAAAGCACAUUGAUCUUAAUAAACACACACACACACACACGCACGCACACGCACACACACACACACGCACACACGGUCCUCCUCUGAAUCAUCACUACCUGUGGCCCCCUGCAGACCCACCAGGAGUCCAGGAUCACAUCAUCUUCUACUGCACACCACAUCAUCAUCAUCUUCCCUCCAACUCACCAUAUUUUCUUCUUUUUUUAAAUUGUUUUCAAAAAAUUAAGACUCACUUUUGUUUGUGGUAGUUUUCUGAGUGAGACUCAGAAAUCACAAAAGUACGACCUCAAUAAUAUUUGAUUACUUGACGACAUUGACAUUCAUUCAUCAUUUAGUUGUUGAUCUUGAUCAUGAUCCACAGAGCCGCCAGUGACAACGGUAUGAAGAGAGGAGACUGUUUACAAACAUAUAUGCAAUAAUCCUGCAUUUUGUUCAAGUCGACGCCUCAGUUUUUUCACAUUUUCCAUAUAUUUUGGUUUCACUUUAAGACUAUUUUGAACAUUUUUUAACUUGAAAGUGAAAAACAGUUUACUAAUCAUGCAUUUUAUUGGGUUAUGAGUCAUUCAGAAUUUAUCUUUGGAUGGUUUCAAACUUUCAGUUGCUUGUUGGCUUCAGUCUCAAAAUGCAAAGCCUUUAAAUAUCACCACAGUGAAAUGUAAGCGUAAAUAGAAAUUUAAUUUGAGGUGAUUGUUUGUCUUUUAGUUUGAAAAGCUACUAUAUGCAAGCAGCAUCACUCAUUCACACUCCAUUACACAGAGGAACCACCAUUCUGUCUGAUCAUGUAUGAUUAAAGUGCCAUGUUGUUAAUAUUUUUUUAUUUAUCAUCAACAGCUGCAUGAUCGUAACGUCGGACUCAAAACUAAUCAAACAAGUCCAGUGGUUUAAUGUGUAUUUUAGUAUCGUAACAUUUAUACACUACAUUUGCAAUUCUUCUUCAUACUAUGUGUAGCUUCUCCCAUUUGAAUAUCCACUACAAUAAUAUUUAACUGUUAUUCGUGUAGACUCCCUCCAGCCUUCUGACUUUUCUUCAGCCGUGCCAUCAAACUGUCGUUGAUGUUACAUCAGCGUUAUUUUGUUUCUGUCUUUUGCUCUCAUGAAUAUUUGUCUGUUGUACUCACUAAGACAAAACACAAUUAUUAUUUCU